AUGAACCUUGAUACUGUUGAAUUAGAAUCUCAAUUGGUUCCUGGAAUCAAUCCAGAUGAAGUGUUGCAUACUCCAUUGCCACAGGCAAACCUUACGCAAAAGGCCAGUGUUUUAAAUUAUCAUAAUUAUCAACUUACAGUCAAUAGUAAACACAAACAAUCCGACACUAUUAAGUACUUCACCAAAUUCAAACAAUUUUCCAUUUCAAGAUCGUCACUUAAUAGAUGGAUUUCGAAUGAAGCUAAGAUCAGGGAAGAUGCGCUUAAAUUAUCCAGUAAGUCUAGAUCACUCACAAAAGUAAGGAAAAGUCAAAAGCCUUCAAUGGUUCAUAUUGCACAAUUUUUUGAAGAUAAUAAACAUAUUAUGAAAUGUUUGGAAAUGUAUUAUAUUCAAAAUUUGCUUGUCCAACCAAAUGACACUCCAUUGGACAAAGAGAUUGCUGGGAAAUUCAAUGAGUUUAAAAUAUUAUUUGGAGAACAUGAUUCAGUUGUCAAUGGGACUCUCAUUGAUAAUGAAUCAUGGCCACAAACGUUUAAAAAUAAUAUUAAAUAUCAAGUAGAUGCAAUUCAAGAUAAUCUUACUGAACAAGGAAUAAUUCACAAGGCUUCAAAGAUUUUGAUUCAAGAGAAAGAAAGAUUACAAAAGAUUUUUGCCAAUUAUGAUCAUAAUAACAUUUAUCAAUUUAAUGAUAUAAUAUUUGAUAUUGACACUUUAUAUGGACUUGCCGAGUUGAAUGGUUUAGAGAAUAUUGAUCCUAAUUUCAAUGAGAAUGAAUUUAUGAACGGUGAGAUUCGUAAAGAAGCAACAAUUUCUCUUGGAGUUAUUGGAAAUGUUACUGGCACAGAUUUCCCAUCCCCAUUGAUUAUUACUAAUUUGAUAGGGAAUUCUGUUGGGAAUAAUUCCCAAAAUAUUAAUGAGUUCUACUAUGAUCCUGAAGGAUUAAACCGUAGAGAAAUUUUCAGGGAAUAUUUACAUAAAUGGGAUACAAAGUUAUCUUCUGAAAACCGCCAAGUUGCGCUUUUAUUAGAUACUCAUUGGAGUCACCUAGGACUAGGAGAAUAUCGGUUGCAGAGAUUCCAUAGUAUUAAAUUGGUAUUUAUAAGUUCGAGAUAUGAUCAAACCACGUCGUAUUAUCAUAGACUGCAAUUAAGGUUGCCAUUUUCCAUAGGAUUUGAAAGACUUUUGAAAUAUCAAUUAAAGAUGAGAUUAUUUAAUAAGUUUUAUAAAGACACAAGAGUUGUUUCAAGCAGAAUUGAAGCAUUCAAUGAUGCAAUUGGAAUAAUAAACAAUUUUAAAAUCAAUUAUGAUUUAUUAAUUGAUAGUAUUAAAAAUGAUAAAGUUUUAGGGGUAUUUUAUCGACUUGGAUUUGAUGGAUCAAGAUUAUUUGAACCGUUAUACCCAAAUAAUAGUACUAAUAAUGCUAAUAGAGACAAUCCUAAUAUAUCGCCACACUUGGAGGACCCGACCCAAUUUCAACAUGAAUAUCAAAGACAAGCAGGCAUGCCAGAAAAUGAUGAUAUGGAAGAUCCUAGAUCAAGGAAUUUGUAUGGAAGAUUAACUACAUUUGUUAGACCAUUAAUUCCUGAAGAAUUGAAAUCAAAAUUACAAUUUUCAGAUACUACUAGGAAACUUAUUAUUAAAAGUUAUGAACAAGAACUUUAUCAAUUUGUUAAAAAUAUCACCAGAGCUACGAUUAAACUUAAUCCAAAGCAAGAAUUUGAUAGCUCUCAAUUACAAGCGAAUCUUUUAAGAGAAUUUACUAAGGGUAAAAACGAAAGGAAACACAAUAAAAAGUAUUCAGUUCAUGCUAUUGUUGAAUAUGUUAGAUCAACUAUGAGAUAUGAACAACAUCAAGUACAAAUUCGAGAAAUUUAUAAACAUGAACCAAAUGAUAUUUUGAAGAGAGAUAUAGAGAUUGAUAGAAGACUUUUGAAUGAAGUGCAACCAUUUUUAUACAAGGCAGUUAUGAGAGGAAAUUCAAAUGAACUGAAUACUUCAAUUUCUGAGAAUACAUUUCAAUUGUUUAAUAGAUUUUAUGCCUCAUAUGUCAAUGAUACUGCUAUAAUUAACACGAAACAGAAAUACACAGGAGCAUCCAGACGUCGUCGCAGUCCUUCCCCAAGACUACUUGAAGCUGAUUUAAGUAAUCAAGCAUCUAAAAGAUUGAAGCUGAACAAAUAUAUUACCGAGAGUGAUAAGAGUGAGGAUGAACGUGACAUUCAACAUUCGGAGAUAACGUUUUCGCCACCACCACCCACUGAGCAUUUAAUUGACAGAAAUAAUUUAGUUACACCUACAGAAGCAGAAACUGCAGCAGCAGCAGCUGCUGCACAAGCAGUUGACGAUGCCAAUAAAUUUGUAACCACAUUCAGUCUGGAUUCAGAAGAAGAAUACUCGAUGAUUCCGGAACAGAAGAUUUAG